AUGAUGAACCUGCUCGAAUUUGGAAACUUGGCGUUCUUGGCCACCGCAAUUGCAUCUCUUCUGUCGGUCGUACUUCUUGUGGCGAUAACGCAGCAGCUCUGGACGCUCCGGUGGUCCAUCACCAGGGAUAGAGAAUGCGACCUGCCCCUCCCGAAGGGCUCUAUGGGGUGGCCGGUAGUCGGGGAAACACUCUACUGGCUUUUCCAGGGUUCAAAUUUUCACGUUUCCCGGCGUGAAAAGUACGGCAGUGUUUUCAAAACUCAUCUUCUCGGAAAACCGGUUAUUCGGGUAACCGGGGCAGAGAACAUUCGGAAGAUAUUGAUGGGCGAGCACAGUUUGGUGUGCACGCAAUGGCCACAAAGCACGCGCAUCAUCUUGGGACCAAACAGUUUGGCCAACUCAGUCGGGGAGCUGCACAAGCGAAAACGAAAGAUUCUCACGCCAGCAUUCAGCCAUGUCGCAUUCGAAACCUAUAUCCCGCGCAUACAAGAUGCCAUCAAGAAAGAGAUAGCCAAGUGGUGCUCUGAGCCCGGAUCUGUUGAUGUCUAUGCCGCUACAAAAGCGCUCACCUUCCGCAUAGCGCUGCAGGUGCUUCUGGGGUUGGAUGCUGCAGACGCGCAAAUGGAUUAUCUUUCUAGAACAUUUGAGCAACUGACAGACAACCUCUUCUCGCUGCCCAUUGAUGUAUCUUUCAGUGGCCUCCGAAAAGGUAUAAAAGCCAGAGACAUCCUCCAUAACUUCAUGGAGAAAAUGAUUGAGGAAAAGCUUCAGAAACAAUGGGAUGGGUACAACGACGCAUUCGAUUACAUUUUGAAUAGUGCCAAAGAAAAUCGCUACGAUGUCACUCUUCAAGACCUGAAGGAGACAGCAAUAGAACUCAUUUUCGCAGCGCAUGCCACCACGGCCAGUGCAUCCACAUCCCUCAUCCUCCUCCUGCUGCUGAACCCCGCGGUAGCUCAGAAAGCCCGGGCGGAGCUGGAGACUCUGGAAGUUGGGCACAUCACCGGUCCAAACCAACUCUCCCGGUUAGGUGAUGCAUUAGAGUCCGUUUCGGCCGAGCAUCACAACGUUAGUCCUACCGACCAGCUGUACAACGGCAAGGAUCAGCCUCGCUAUCAUCUGCACUACCUGACUUUGGAGAGACUAAGCCGAAUGCGAUACUUAGACUGUGUCGUGAAAGAGGUCCUUCGACUUUUCCCACCGGUGUCGGGCGGAUACAGAACAGUCCUGAAGACGUUUGAGUUGGAUGGAUGCCAGAUUCCAAAGGGCUGGAGCGUGAUGUACAGCAUCCGCGACACGCACGAGACGGCGCCCGUGUACCAGCGCCCCGACACCUUUGAACCCGAGCGCUUUGGAGUCGAGCGGGACGAGGCCGCCAAGGGCCGCUUCCACUACGUGCCCUUCGGGGCCGGCGUCCGGGGUUGCGUCGGCAAGGAGCUGGCUCAGGUCAUCAUCAAGACGCUGGCGGCGGAGCUGCUGGUCACCGUCGAGUGGAGCCUGGCCACCAAGAAGCCUCCGCGCAUGCAGACGGUGCCCGUGGUACACCCCAUCAACGGGCUCCACGUCCACUUCAACCACAAGCACCCCUGAGGCCCUGCACACUUUAUACGCUGACACAUAUGUCUGUAAAGAUUGUAAUUGAUCGAGGCUAUGUUGUCCAAACGGGUUUAGCUGUAAGCAGUUGAACUUAUUAAGCUCAAAGGAGAGGUGCAGACGGUGCCCGGCAACAGGCUUAAUGUCCACUUCAACCACAAGCACCCCUGAGGCCAUGCACACACAACAUGCAUUAUAGGGUCAAUGUUUGUGAAGAUGGUCAUCAACCAGGUAAAGUCAUCCAAAAGGGUUUAGUGGUA